AUGAGAAACACAAGACGUACCGGCCUCAACAUAGCCUUUGUCUACGAUCCAAAGGAUUACUAUGAAUCCAUAGGAUUUUCCAAGAGUGAAUGUGCUGACCUGGCGGACGAUGUGACCAUCAAUGGUGUGGCAUCAGCCCUCGAGAGUCUCGGCCACCGCGUGGUCCAUGUUCCCGGGAUCAAGACUCUCGUCAAGCAUCUCUCAGCAGAGCAUCACAAGCAAUGGGAUCUUGUCUUCAACUACAGUGAAGGGGUAUUCGGCUCCGCUCGUGAGUCGCAGGUACCCGCCCUGUUAGAAGCCUAUCAGAUCCCCUUUACCUUUUCCGAUGCUGCGACGCUGGCGACGGGGAUCGAUAAGGGAAAGACCAAGAUGCUAUUAGAACACUAUCGAAUCCCAACGAGCCCAUUCGUCAUCGUCCCCAGAUCUGGUGAAGCAGUCGACUACGCCGCCCUAGAAGACCAAUUACCGUAUCCUCUCUUCGCAAAGCCAAUCGCCGCAUCCACAUCAAACGGCAUAUCCCCAUUGAACAAAAUUCUCCGAAAGGAAGAUCUUCAAGAAGUUGUCGAGGACCUCCGCGCCGAAUUUAAAGAUCAAGAAAUCCUCCUCGAGAAAUUCCUAGACGGCCGCGAAUUCACAGUAGCCGUCCUUGGGUCCGGGGAUCGAGCCCGAGUACUAGGUGUCUCCGAGGUAACAUGGUACAACCCGGAGGGAAGAAAAAGUGAUGACCUCUCAGUCGACUUCGCAACGAGCUUCUCCAAGGCGGGCAGGGGUGUUGGGCAUGACAUGGGCCAUGUUCAUGCGGACCCGGCUGAUCCUCUGGUCAAGGAGAUAGCUGAGAUCGGGCUCUCCGCAUAUCAAGCACUAGGUUGUAAAGAUGGAGGCCGGGUCGAUAUCCGCAUGGAUGGUGCCGUGCCGUGUGUGAUCGAGGUGAAUCCGAUCUUCGGGCUACGACCCGAUCACUCCUUGUUUACUUGGAUCGCGAAGAACAACGGGAUGGAAUACCAGGACAUCAUCGCAGAGAUCGUUGACAAUGCUCUUCUGAGGCAGAAACCGGUGACUGAGGCGAAUGAAAGCCACUAA